AUGCCAGACAGUGACAUUUCCUACCAUGAUACUCGACGAGGUUCACGCAUCAUUCCACUUCGAUCCUAUGGUCAACCACCACCUGAAGACAAAUUUGCUGAACUUGAUUUCUUCGACUUUCGUCUUAAUAAUUAUCUUGUGCCCUCGAACGAUACGACCUAUCACUGUCAAAUAUACAAAGCGCUAGCCAAUUAUAAAAUGAAACGGCAUGCAAUCGCAGUAAGCAUGACUGUUCUUUUUAAAUAUAGUGGAGAUGAUUGUGCGCUGAAUAAAGGGAGUACACAAAUAGCUAGCCGCGCGUAG